AUAAGGCGUGGCCGGCCGAGAGCAGACACCGUCCGUGACCUGAUCCAUGAAGGAGAGCACUCUUCCAGCAGGAUACGUUGCAAUAUCUGCAACAGGGUCUUUCCGCGAGAGAAGUCCCUGCAAGCCCACAAACGGACUCACACCGGUGAAAGGCCUUAUUUGUGUGACUACCCAGAUUGCGGGAAAGCCUUUGUUCAGAGUGGGCAGCUCAAAACUCAUCAGCGUCUGCACACAGGGGAGAAACCUUUCGUCUGCUCAGAGAAUGGCUGUUUAAGCAGAUUCACGCAUGCAAACCGUCAUUGUCCCAAACAUCCAUUUGCCCGACUGAAGAGGGAAGAGCUCACAGACAGGCUGAGUAAAAAGCAGACAGCUGACAAUGAAGCUGUGGCUGAGUGGCUAGCAAAAUACUGGGAGACAAGAGAACAGCGUGCCCCUGCUUUGAAAACUAAAACAAUCCAGAAAACGGAUCAAGAACAGCAGGAUCCAAUGGAAUAUCUUCAGUCUGAUGAAGAGGAUGAUGAAGAGAAAAACAGCGCUCAUUCUGCUGCUCGCCUCCGCUGCCUCCAGGAACAGAGUGAACGCAUGCACGGUGCGCUGGCUCUCAUUGAGCUCGCAAACCUGGCCGUGGCACCCCUUCUACAGUAGAUAAAAACAGAGUCUGCCUAUACAAAAUGUACUUCCUGGUGGUACUUAACCAGUUAGAUCCUGGGCAUAAGCUAAGCACCUUAUUUGCUUAUUAUAGGCUGCUAUUCUGUAGAGUUUAUGAAGAAUGUUGUUGCCCCAUAACAUGGGGUAAGAGAAUUGCACUUUUUGUAAGGUAAAAGACAGAUGUAAAGUUUCUAAGUGUUUUGUAAAUAUGGGACUGCAUGAUGCAGGGUUA